ACUUGUACAAGGAAGUAAAUUUUUUCAGUGGCUUCUCAAGUUCCUAAAGUUUGGCGAAAUGCUACGAAUCAUAUGCGAAUAAACUUCCACUGGUAGGAGGAUCUAAUGAGAAAUCUGUCGCUCUGUCGCCAUCAUGCCGGAGCUAGAACAUGUGAUAGAAGAAGUGAAGAAGUUUCUAAAAGAUGUUGGGGAUUACCUAUCUAUCACCCUCAAGAAGGAAAAACUGCAGAAGGAGACUAACUUUAAGCGAGAAAAACUUCUUAAAGAUGUUGAAAGUAUCCUGGAUAAGCUCUCCCCUCCACUGAUUGAGGAGGAAGAGGAGGAGCAAGAAGAGUAUGCCGAUGUGGACCUACCUAUGAGUCCAAGCUCGGAGCACAUCCAAGAAGAAGGGGAACUUGAAGAGCUGUACGAGGACACGGUUCCAGCCGAGUCGACCCACAGCAACGACUCAUCUCACAACUCAGAGGAAGAGCAGGAAGAUAAUAAGAUUGGAACUAUUGACCUCGAUGGUGAUCCAUACGGGGAUGUAAAGGUCAACCCCAUUGCUGCGUCAGAUUUGACUUCACCGAGUAAAGAGGGAUUCCUCGACAAGAAAAGGAAAGUAGGGCAGUUUGGGCUACAGGGUUGGCAGAAGCGAUACUGUAUCAUCAAGGCCAACGUCCUGUACUACUACAAGAGGAAGACGGAUAAGGAGCAGUGCAACCAGAUUGUCUUGACUGGAUACCAGGGGCGGGAGGCCCCAGAGUUUGAAAAGAAGAACAAGAGGAAAGACUGUCUGUUUGAGGUGGUGUGCCCGGCCAAGAGGUCCUAUCAGUUCAUUGCUCAGAAUAAGAAGGAAAUGCACGAUUGGAUAAAAGCCAUAGCGUUCGCCAGCAAACUUGCACCAAGCUCAAUAGACCCUCUUGCCAAGUCAACGCCAAACAACUCUGGAGGCAGCGAAGAGAUGUUGGACUAUGACGACACGUCCAUCCCGGUGAUAAACAACAACGAGGCAGACGACGACGACGGCUACGGCGAGACAUACGAGGAGCUGGAUAACUAUCAGUCGACUAAGACCGGCAUCCUGCCUCCUCCAGAGAUUCCAGUCACAAACAUUGAGGAGGAGGAACCUGAACCGAUCGAUGAGGAUAUUUAUGAAGAUGUGUCUGGUCAAUCAAGCGAUCCCCUACCGCCACCUGUAACAGUACCAUCACGUCCAGCAAAAUCGGCCGCAAACUUGCCCCUCCCUCCGGAGCCGUCGACUGCACCCCCCGUGCCGACCACGCACAGACCCCCGCCUAGUCUACCCGUAGUGGAGAAACAGCCCGUGACGCCCUACUCGCCUCACACACAAAUCAAAGGUAAGAAUGAGAAGAAUCUCAAGAAUGACACAAAGUCAUCUGUGAAAGGAGGGGGCAAACCCCCGCCGCCGAUACCGACACGAGCUGAGACGACAAGUUUGCCCAAGAGAGAGUUGUGGGAAGAAGAUUAUGAGAAUAUUUACAUCGGGUUGUGGGACUGCAUGGCUGAUGACAAGGAUGAAUUGGAAUUUAAACGAGGCGAGAUGGUGCAUAUUAUAAGUAAGGAAUACGACACAUUCAGCUGGUGGAUAGGAGAGAGAAAUAACAAAGUGGGUCUGGUGCCCAAGGACUAUCUAAUGAAAGCAUACAUGAUUUGAUAAAGGCUCCAAUCUAUACGGUGUUUUGUUUACUAAUGCUGAUCUGAACUUUCCUUUGGGGACUGUGCUUUUACUCUGUCUAAUGCACACCUUUUCCCCAUCUCUUGGUCAUUGUUAACUAAGCUAUCCUUUUUGGGAUAUUCUGUGACCCUGUCUUCCAUAAGGUUUCAUUGUCACAAUUGGUCCCCCACUCCUUUUGUUGCUAAGCAAAUAAACUGCUAUACUUUAUAAUGGAUAUUAUGUGACCCUGUCUUCCAAUCAGGGCCCAGUUUCAUAAGCCCUGUAAGCUCAAAAACUUGCUAAGCACAGACAACUGGUUACCAGCUAAAAUUCCAUAAGGUUUCAUUGUCACAAUUGGUUCCCACUCCUUUUGUUGCUAAGCAAAUAAAUUGCUAAGCAGUAUUUUCUGCUUGUUAGCUUAAUGAAGUUGGGCCCAGAAUAUCAAU